AUGCCUCCUCACCUCCACCCCCGGUCGACCGCAACAUCGACCCUCUUCGCCGGCACAUUACUGACAUCCUUUAUCGUCAUCGGCAUCCCACACAUAUUCCCCUGCCCGAGACCGAGGACAGGGUACGCGGACGCAGCGGAGUCGCAAAGGAUCCAAUUCGACGAGGAUGGACGACCGCUGAAGAUGCAGCGGCGGCGAUAUAACCAGACCUCCUCAACUACCCCAGAAACACAGACCGAAACCGGACAAAUCUCAUGCACAAACGACCAAGACCGGUCACCAUCUGGCUUGGCAGAAGUGCUAAUGCAGCAACACACUGCCCGUCCACCACGAAGCAGUAACAGAGGAUUGACGCAGUCUAAAGAUCUGGAGGAAGAAGCCGCCCUGUUCCGCGAGCUGCAGCGAGAAGCGGCGGCAUUGGAAAAGGAGGCAAGAGAAUGCCCCGUGCCGAAACCGAGGGGUCUGAUCGGUCGAUUGUUGGGGUUCGAAGAGGACAAGAAGGCCGUGCCGGUGGUGAAAGUGGGAGUGAAGAGCUAG